CCUACAUUUUCUUUGACAAGACCUUCGGUCUUUCUACAAAUUUAAUUUAGAUAUCCUAUUGUGACUCAGUUAAUAUACGCCUUAGUAUCCGGUAAGGUAGACGCGAGGUAAAUUUUAUAUAACAACUCGCGUAUCACCGUGGCCGUGGGUCAUUUUGUUAACUAGCUCUGUCGUGAUGUGUUAUCUCGAAAUAAUAAACUAAUGAGUUUAAAAUUGUGACUUGAAAAAAUAUUUUAUAUAUCACCAAUGGAUUUCAAGAUACUAUUUUUUGUUUUGACGGUAUGCCAUCAAACACUUUCAUACCACCGACAUUGGCGAAAUUCAAAUAACGGGUAUCAGGAUUAUGAUUAUCCAUUCAAUCAGGAUAAGGGCACGGUGGUUUUCCCGGAUUCAAGUGAAGAAGAUUAUCCACGAUGGAACGUCUUUCCGACGACUACUAGAAGGCCAUAUAUAAACAAUAUACAAUCCUGCAUAUCCACAUGUCGUGCCUCAUCACAAUACAGGCCCGUAUGUGGCACCAAUAGCGUCACAUACCAGAAUAUCGAUCGCUUGCGGUGUGCAAUGAAAUGUGGAGUCGAUGUUCAACUUAAAUACAGGUAUGCCUGCGGUCAAUUUAGUAGCACAGAAAGGCCAACAAACAAUGGGAAUAAUUUACAGGCUUGUAUGAACGAAUGUCCGACAACUUCGGAAUACAACCCUGUAUGUGGUACGGAUAAUGUUACGUACAAUAAUAUUGGUAAAUUAUAUUGUGCUAAGCGAUGCGGUUCUGAUGUGGAUAUCAAAAGAAAGUUGCCAUGUCCCAAACCCACAACACAAGCUCCAACGGAACCACCCAAUAAUUCUGUAGAAAAUGUACAAAGUUGCACAGCAACUUGUCCAGUGACAUCAGAGUACAAUCCUGUCUGUGGCACCAAUGGCGUCACUUACAAUAAUGAAGGACAGUUAGAAUGCGCAAAAUCGUGUGGUGUCGACGUUUCUCUACGAGGUCGCACGGCAUGUUUCUUGUUAACAACUUCAUCACCAACCGCCGGUGAUGUGCCGUUCCCAGACAUGACAACAAAAUCAACUUCAUUCACCAUCCCUCAAGACAUUUUAAAUAGCAUUUUCACAAAAACCCCAGAUGAUGACGAUAAUGUGGAACCCCAAAUCGAUCCUAGAUUUGAAUCUAAUUCUUCUUAAGGAUUAUAAACAUGUUAAUACUAUAGUCAUUAUACCUAUGUAUAUAGAAUUAUAUUAUAAGUCAGAAUAAAUAAUUUUAGUGUA